UCGCAGAGCCAUGGUGGGCCGGCUGAACCUGCAGGAUGUGCCCGAGCUCGUGGACACGAAGAAGAAGGGCGACGGUGUCCUGGACAGCCCGGAUUCGGGGCUGCCCCCCAGCCCCAGCCCCAGCCACUGGGGGCUCGCGGCGGCCGGGGGCGGCGGCGGCGGCGGGGAUCGCGCCCCGGCUCCUGGAGCGCUGGAGCCCGACGUGGCAGCGACCCCCGCGGUCCCGAACCCAGCUUCUCUCCCCACUCCGCUGGCGUCCGCCUGCGCGCUGAGGUUAUGCCCCCUGUCUUUCGGCGAAGGAGUGGAGUUUGACCCCUUACCACUGAAGGAAGUAAGGUACACUUCCUCGGUCAAGUACGACUCGGAGCGGCACUUCAUUGACGACGUCCGCCUGCCCCUGGGCCUGGCGGUGGCCUCCUGCAGCCAGACGGUCACCUGCAUCCCCAACUGCACGUGGCGCAACUACAAGGCCGAGCUGCGCUUCGAGCCCCGCCACAAGCCCACCCGCUUCCUCAGCACCACCAUCGUCUACCCCAAGUACCCCAAGACCGUCUACACCACCACCGUGGAUUACAACAGCCGCAAGACUCUGAGGAGGUUCCUGUCCAGCGUGGAGCUCGAGGCCACCGAGUUCCUGGGCAGCGAGUACCUCUCGGAUGAGUGCUGACUGCCCCAGGCCGCGUGGGCCCGGCUCCGCGCCUCCCGCCCUCCCGCCCCGGAAUCUAACCUAGAGAUACCUCUAAGCCCAGCCUGGGGAAGAGAAAAUGUCACGCAUCUUGUGAUAAUUGAGAGGUUUUUAAAAAUUGUUUUUGCAAAGGAGAGUAUUUCUAGUGUGCUGCUGCAAGGUCUCCCCAGGGUCAGAGGACUGGGCUAAAGGGAAGGGCCACGAUUGGAAAUGGGGGGAGGGAGCGCCUCUCCCAUUGGGCAGUGUGCUGCGGGGGGCGGGCAAGGCUCGGGCUCGGAAAAAGUGAGUUUGGAGAAAUCAGCCCCGGGUGUCUUCACCGCGAGGAGAGCGGUGCUGUAGCAGUGAGCUGUGAGCCCAUAUGGGCCCAAUGUGUGCAGAGCGAGUCGUUCCCUGUCUGUUUCCUGUUCACUGAAACGCUUAGAAUCCUCUCCAUCAUCUUCUCAAAAACCCCCAGCCUCAGAAUAAGAUGGGUUUGUUUUUUU